CCAAUAGCCAACAGAUAAAUGUAGUCAUCGGUUCAGUGUAAUUAUCAAGAAAAGUUCUCUCCAAUAACCAACUUCACCAAAAUCAUCAGUUGAGCUUCCAAGGCUUGUUACAGAGAUGGCAGGCACUGCAGUUGAUUUUCUGCUGGAGGACCUGAAGCAGCUACUAAACCAUAGCUCUGAUUGGUUUCAAGCUGAAAAGGAUGAAAUUGAAACACUUUAUGAGGAGCUAAAGUACAUCAGGGCCUUCCUCAGUGAUUUGGAGAGCUGCAAUGAGCAAGAGGAAUUGAAAAAUUUAGUGACACACAUUCGAGAUGUGGCUUGCAAGGCAUUAACUUACCUCGAUUUCUUUGCACUCCAAGUCGUCACCAGGAAGUAUGAAAGCAUGGCUGGAAAAAUUGGUUAUGCUUUCAACAAUUGCCUAAACCUUCGAAAUUUCAGAGAAGAGAUCAAGUCCAUCAAGAAAGACGUGAUGGAGGUUUACGACAAGAAGUUGUAUGGCAUUGGAGUCCCGCUUGUUGAAAUCUCCUCCACAGAAAGUUUCUUUAGAGCCAGUACACCCAGUUCAGCAGAAGAAGAAAUAGUGGUGGGCUUUGAUGAGGAUACAGCGACGAUAGUGGAGCGACUUGUCGGAGAUCAGAAGCAACUAGAUAUCAUCUCUGUUGUUGGGAUGGGAGGUCUUGAUUGGUGGAGAAAGCUUAGGGGAAAUUUUGUUAAAGGCAGUCAGCAGCAUGCGUGGGCACUGUUGAGAUACAGGACUUAUAGCUCACCCUUACAAAUUUUAGUGAUCAUUUCAGACGAUUUUGGAUCAGUAGGGUGGAGUUUCCCAUUCUAUUACCGAUUGAAUUUGAAGAGGCUUAUGUUCAGAGGAAUAACUAUUUGGAGCAGAAAAUACUAUUUUCGUAUUAUAUUUUAAGAAUUUUUUUAGUGACACUUAAUGUUUAUUUCUAAAUGGUUGUAUUUGCUUGAAACUUUUUAUUUUAUUUUAUUGGUUUGAUG